AUGGACCUAAACCUCAACCUUUAUAGGAGUAUAUUACAUCUUGGGCCCAAGCACCGACGCCAACGUAUGCAACAUCUUCCGAGAGGGGAGUUGAUCAGAGUCAAGACUCUAGUCGAAAGGGAGCAAUGGACCCAAAAGCUUGAGGAAGCGGUCGCAGGCCGGGAUCUUAUUGAUCUGGCUCUUGCAGACCCUGUGGAGAUCAAGGAAAACCCACCUCUUCAGAAGGUUCUGCUUGGCCGGGCUUGCUAUCCCGACGAUGAGAACAAUAUGGUGAAGCGAAUUACAAAUGGUCUGAGGAAGAAUGGCGAGUCUUUGAUCAACAGUGUUGCAAACUUUGAUGGUCCUACUUAUCCGCCUAUAACGAAGGACGCUUGGAUCUUGGUCUAUUGCGACUUGUUCUACCUUGAUGGCAACAAUAAGACGUUGUAUGAAGUGUACGCAUCACGGCUUCAAGAAGAAGAGCUGCACACCCGGAGUGAGCAGGCCAGAGAGGUCGCCCGACACGAUAUGAUGAAACUGGCUCGCAGGAAUGCCAAAUGGAUGAUUCCUGUGCUCGAGGAGUUCUCUGACGAGAUAUUAUCUCAGUCUGAAUACGAAUUCAGUGACACCUUGCACGAAAUUUGGAAGCAGGUAUCCCACCCGCCACCAGCUUGGAUUCAGCACAUCCUGGAUACCCGACAACCAUGGGGUUUCACCUAUUACAAAACCAAAGAAGUCGAAGAGAAGUAUGGUGAUAUAUGGGGGGACACGUGGAUCAGGAUUGUUGAUAUGCCGUAUCAAUCUUGGUCGAAUAUCCAUUGCCAAGGGAAGGUAGAUGAGUUGAUGGCGCUGAAGAGGGAAGAUUGGGCUACUCCGCCUCAGUAUGAAGGGCUCAGCGAAGAAGAUGCCUUUCGCAAACACUUCCGCGAGCACAGGGAAUAUCUCUCGUCCCCUGGGAUCUUACGGAACACAUUCAUCGUCAUUCAAAUCGAGCAAAUUCCCAAAGGUCCCGAUGAUGAAGACGUGGAUCCCUGUUGGGUCUGGGCAUAUGAUGUGGAUUGGGAGAGCGCUUCAGAAGACACAAUAUGCAACGGCGAGAAAUACCAAGGCCGUGUCAAAGUACCUAUCUAUGCACUCGAAGGGUGGUUUUAUGCUGCCCGUUGGGAAGAAGGGGGCGUAAGUCUUCGAGAUAUGUGGCUCAAGGCGCAGAAACAUGAGGACAAGUUGUGGAUUUGCGAUUCAAAAGUAAUGGAGGAGUGGGAUCAUGAACCAUAUGUAUGA